AUGCAGAGAGUGUUUCGUGCGACUGCGAGGAGGUCUUUAUCUCUUUUAAACAAAAAGAAUGCUGCUGCUUCUUCUUUCUCCACCACCUCUACCUCUCUUCUCUACGACGAUACUCAGCUUCAGGAGGUUAACUUAUGGAAACUCAUGGGAGACUUUAAUCUACAUGGGAUUACGGCACCAGAGGAAUAUGGUGGACUUGGUCUUGGUUACUGCUAUCACUGCAUAGCGAUGGAAGAGAUUAGCCGUGCUUCUGGAUCUGUUGGCCUUUCCUAUGGUGCCCAUUCUAACCUCUGCAUCAAUCAGUUGGUGAGGAAUGGAAAUCCUGCUCAAAGACAAAAAUACUUGCCCAAGCUUAUCAGUGGAGAGCAUGUAGGAGCACUUGCAAUGAGUGAACCCAAUGCUGGUUCUGAUGUUGUUAGCAUGAAAUGCAAAGCUGAUCGUGUAGAUGGAGGCUAUAUCAUAAAUGGAAACAAGAUGUGGUGCACCAACGGGCCAGUCGCUCAGACCUUGGUUGUUUAUGCAAAAACCAAUGUUACGGCUGGAUCAAAAGGAAUCACGGCAUUUAUCAUUGAGAAGGGAAUGCCUGGGUCUUUUACUGGUGACUGCAGAUUUAGCACUGCCCAGAAAUUAGACAAACUUGGUAUGAGAGGAAGUGAUACGUAUGUCAAGAAUGCUCUUAGUGGUGAUUCAGCCUCUCACAGGAAAAAUGCUAAAUUCAGUGAUCAUGAUCUUAAUGAUGCACAGAUAACCAAAGAUUUACACAUAUGUAGACCAGGUGCGUAUGUCAUGAUGUCAGGGCUGGAUCUGGAGAGGCUUGUUUUGGCUGCUGGGCCACUUGGCAUCAUGCAGGCAUGUCUUGACAUUGUUCUUCCAUACAUUCGACAAAGAGAACAGUUUGGUCGUCCAAUUGGAGAGUUUCAGUUUAUUCAGGGGAAGAUUGCUGACAUUUAUACUUCUUUACAAUCUUCAAGGUCCUAUGUUUAUUCUGUUGCAAGGGAUUGUGACACUGGUAGAAUUGACUCUAAGGACUGUGCUGGAGUCAUACUUUGUGCAGCUGAAAGAGCGACACAAGUUGCUUUGCAGGCGAUACAAUGUUUAGGUGGAAAUGGAUAUGUAAAUGAGUACGCAACUGGUCGUCUUCUUCGAGAUGCAAAACUAUAUGAGAUCGGGGCUGGGACUAGUGAGAUCAGAAGAAUGAUCAUUGGUCGUGAACUCUUUAAGCAAUAA